AUGGUGAACAAGUGUGCUGCCUAUGGUUGCAAAAGUGGAUACAAAUCAAAUGCUGCGAUAGAUGCUGAAAACAAAGUGUCUUUUCAUUGCUACCCAGUCAAUGAUCCUGAACUUUGUGCAAAGUGGAAUAAGGCAAAUCCACAAAGGGAUUUUAUUCCAAGCAGACAUUCAAAGAUGUGCUCUUUGCAUUUUCGACCUUCGGAUUUUGUUGAUAAAUAUUCUGAUACAAAUUCAACAAGAUAUAAAAACAAAACAAGCAAUACCUCAUUUGCCUUCAGCGAUCCAGCAGAUGGUGAAGCAUGCACAAUAUAUUACAUGUCAGGAGCAGUCGCUCACAGUGUGCUUCAUACUACACGAUGUGAUGAUUGCAAGGAAAUAUUAGUUGAUGAUGAAUCUAUCUGUGUAGAUGUCCACCAUUUAAAAGAGCAAGUAUUUUUUAAAUGA